AUGGUGAAGGUUCAAGGCAAGCCGAGGGUGGCCAUCAUUGGUGGCGGUAUCAGCGGGCUGGCCGCCGCGAAGGAGCUCCGGGAUCUAGAGCCGGUGGUUUUCGAGGCCACCGACUCGAUCGGAGGCGUGUGGAAGCACUGCUCCUUCCGGACGACCCGGCUGCAGACUCCGCGGCCGGACUACGAGUUCACCGACCACCAGUGGGACGACCGGAACGACCCCACCUUCCCCACCCACACCGAGAUUCUGAAUUACCUCCACGGCUUCGCCACCCGCUUCGACCUGUGGAAGCUCAUCAGGUUACGCGCCAAGGUCGUGGAGGUCCGCUUCAUUGGCGGCGGCGGCUCCGCGGCGGGAUGCUUCACCGAGAUGUGGGGGGAGAAUGGUAAGGCCAUCGCCGAUCGCCCCGUGUGGGAGGUCGGAGUCGUCACCGGAGACUCCGACUCGGUUCAGCGGUUUGAGUUCGAGUUCGUCGUGAUGUGCAUGGGGAAGUACGGCGAUGUGGCAAACAUUCCAAGGUUUCCUGACGGGAAGGGUCCGGAGAUCUUCCAAGGCCAGGUUCUACACACCAUGGACUACUGCAAGCUCGACCAAGAAGCCGCCACACGGCUGAUGAAGGGGAAGAAGGUGGUGGUCGUCGGCUACAAGAAAUCCGCCAUCGACCUCGCCGUCGAGUGCGCAGAAGCGAACCAAGGGGCGGACGGUGAGCCAUGCACGAUGGUGAUUAGGACCCUGCACUGGACUGUGCCGUCCUACUCCAUUUGGGGCUUACCCUUCUUCCUCUUCUUCUCGACGAGGUUCUCUCAGUUCCUCCACGAAAGGCCCAACCGAGGACUCGUAGAGACACUUGCCUGCCGACUGUUAUCCCCCCUGAGGAAGGGAGUGUCCAAGUUCAUCGAGUCUUAUCUGGCGUGGAAGCUUCCCCUCGAUAAGUACGGGCUGAGGCCGGACCACCCUUUCUUGGAGGAUUAUGCCUCGUGCCAGAUGGCGAUUUUGCCGGAGAACUUCUUCGCGGAGGCGGACCGAGGACUGAUCCGGUUCAAGAGGGCAAACCAAUUGUGUUUCUGGGAAGGCGGCGUCACGUUAGAAUCAGAUGGCAACGACUGCACCAAGUUGGAGGCGGAUGUCGUGCUGCUCGCCACCGGCUACGACGGAAAGACGAAGCUCACCUCUGUGCUCCCUGGGCCUUACCGCGGAUUGGUCGUCGAUUCCUCCGGCGUCAUGCCGCUCUAUAGGGGAACGAUUCAUCCGCUGAUCCCGCACAUGGCAUUCGUGGGGUACAUAGAGAGCGUGUCGAACCUGCACACGUCGGAGCUGCGGUGCAAGUGGCUGGGGAGCCUCGUGAAGGGGGAGUUCGAGUUGCCGGCGGUGGAGGAGAUGUUCCGGCAGAUUCGGGAGGAGGUGGAUGUGAUGAAGAGGACGACGCGGUUCUACCGCCGGCACUGCAUCUCCACCUUCAGCAUCGCGCACAGCGACGGGAUGUGCCAAGACAUGGGCUGGCGCUCGUGGAGGAAGACAAAUUGGUUCGCCGAGGCCUUCGCCGCCUACGGCAACCAGGACUAUAUAGAAAACGGCCGGCAAGAAGAAGAAGAUGAUGAAUAA